AUGAGUACGGCAUCCAUCAACGAGAGCGUCCACUCGAUGGCCGACAGUCUUGACGAGGAAUUUCUGCCUACUCGUGCCAUUCACGUAAAGAAUGUGGCGCUCUGUCAUGGGAUACGCGACGCGCCACGAAUGAGGUUUCAGCCGUCCUUUGUGCGCAUUAAUUCGAUGGACUACAGGGGCCACGGUAUUGUUGAGGACAUGGACAAAACGAUGCCUAUCAGCGCCUUGCCGUCACGCCUGUCUCCGUCGUCAUAUCCACGGAAGCCCGUGGCGACAAACCUGCUUGCUGAGGUGGAGAAUGACACACGGCAGCCCCAUCCUGCCCAUACGCAACGGGAGGACAAACUCCUUCUCGGCUUUUCGCUUGACGCCGGGGACUCGAGGGCAGCCUACUCACAUGCAUCGGCGUAGUCUACGUGCGUCCCCUCAUCUAUUGCCGUACCAGGCCCAACGGCAGCAAAGUGAUGCUGCCAGCAGCUCUUGACAAGCAGUGAUGACCAUAGCAGGCAACGCACAGGCCGCUUUCGCCUCAAAGCACACUUUCUUCAGCGAUGCCGUUGUGAACCUGCACUUGCCCUUGGCCGUCUCAUGCGUGGGCAAGACGGAGGCCGUGCCACAGGAACACCCAUCAAGUCCGGGGUGACUUCAAAGUAGCUUGCAAGCGGGAGCAGAUCUAGGGAGCCCACUAUGCUGCGUCAUCCUCCGCGCUGGAGCGUUGGCUCGAAUGUGAAUGCGUUCCGUAGCGCAUACAGCAGCAACAUCGUUGUUCAUGUUCUCCGUCAAGGUGAAUUUAUGUUCCUCAGUCACAGUGAUAAUGCUCACCUGACUGGCGCCAAUCGAAGAGGGGUGGUGCCAGCUUCUACCACGGGUGCUAGUCUGACUCCCACGUUGUCGAAUGCAUUGUCGCCGUACUAGACGUCACCAGCAGCAAUAGCGUUCUUAGCGCCUUCGCCAACCUCGAGGUUGCGCUUUCUACUGGUGGAGAGCAGUACCAGGAAUGGAGGCGAUUAGUCAUCUCUGUGAUGAACUUCAACAGAGAAGCGCACGGUAGCACAGAAAAUGGCCUUCCCCGCGCUGUCGGCUCCAGCUGGUGCCACCAGCCUGGCCGCUCUAUCGCCUGGGCCACCUCAGCACGUCUCCCUCAUGCUGUCGCUGAACACGCAAACGACGGAGAGCGACACCACUGGGAACUCCGCUCCGCCGCUCCACAGUGUCAACAGAUACUGCUCCUUUGUGCGACUGCUGCCGAAGUGCUUCACCGACGCGCACACCACCGAGAAUAACGACGUCACAGCAGCUUCCAGCCUUCUGAAGGUGCCGGACUCGGUAGGCCACACGAGCAGCUCUAAUUCGCAGACCCCCGUCGAGACUGUGUUGGUAGCUCUCGAUAUGGCCAAUACGACAUGUUUGUCUAACUACAGCCUGCCAGGAACUGCUACGGUGCCGCAGCCACCAGUGAGGAUGAGCGCUUGAAAGGUAGAUGGACCGCGAUUCGCCCCCGAUACGCAGUUUCAUACAGCACUGUCGCAGCAACGUGCAUGCAAAAGCCUCAUGCCUGUCCCGGUCCGUGUUGCCCUGGCUAAUGGUCUCGGAUGAAUGGUGCGCCGAAGCGUCUGGAGACAGGCAACGUCGAGAGGAUAACCUGCGGAUCGAUCUUGUGAGGAGCAGCUAGCAGUUUCUCCAGAAGACUGAUACGUCGCAGAGGCUGAGUUCGUUGCUGAACGGUGGUGUGAGCGAGCGCAGCGAUGCAGUGCAGCGCACCUCCUGCACACCGUUCCACAAUGAUGAGACCCUGCCAAGCCUUCCGCCUCCCGGGAUGCUAGUGACCUGCACCUCACGAACAACCGGCCGAACAUCUUCACGUCAGUCAUUUGCAAAACGAUGAAGAGGCUUGGAGAGUAGAGAGGGGGCAACAUUGCCUCACCCGCUCAUCUGCAACCGCUACCAAGUCCUACCACCGCGGUGCCGUCGGCGGAUAGCGCGUUGCCUAUGUUUCCUAUGCCGCUGCGCACGGCUUCAGCGACCAUAUCGGCGUUAUUACAAUCGUAUUCUUUCGGCGGAUCGCCAUCGUACUCCGGCCCUUGCUCUGCGUAG